UCACAACCGUAUAUUCAAAACCUCAUCACAACCAUAUUCUCAUAUUCAGAAAGUCUAAUACUCUUAGCUUGUCUCUCUUAUCUCCCCCCUCUCUCUCUCUCUCUCUCUCUCUCUCUAAGCUUUGUUCAACUCCAAGGAUGCCUCUUCGGGUCUACUACUCUGUGUAUGGGGUAAGAUGAUAAGGUAAUUUAAAAUUUUUUAAAUUAUUUAGGAUAUUUAAAAUUUUAAAAAUAAAAUAAAAUUGUGGGAGCCAAGGCCUCCCUCGAUCCUCAAGUGGCUCCGCCAUUGAGGCAGUUGGGCAGUAAAUCCAAUAUAAAAGAGGACAAUACCCCAAGAACUUAAACAUAUACUUGCCCGUGAAAGAGAGAAGAAAAUGUCACACUUCCUGCAAUUUUUAGGGCCAAAUGAAGAACCCUUGUUGCUGCAUCCAUUGGUUUUAAGCUUUUUGGCCUUCAUUUUCAUUCUCCUAUUCAAAUGGUCCUCCACUCUUCUAAACAACAACAAAAACUCACCACCUUCACCACCAAAGCUCCCAAUCAUCGGAAACCUUCACCAAAUCGGCUUGCACCCUCACCACUCACUCCAAGACUUAGCUCAACUCUAUGGCCCUCUAAUGUUGCUUCAGUUCGGCAAUGUACCAACCCUUGUUGUCUCGUCAGCUGAUGCUGCCCAAGAGAUCAUGAAGACCCAUGAUGUCGUCUUUGCAAACCGGCCCAAAAUAAGAAUGUUUAAGAAACUAUCAUACAAUUUCGAAGAUGUUGCAAUGGCACCAUACGGUGAGUACUGGAGGCAAAUGAAAAGCAUAUUAGUGUUACAUCUUUUGAGUAACAAAAAGGUUCAGUCCUUUCGUGCAGUGAGAGAGGAAGAGCUAUCUCUACUGAUUGAGAAAAUCAGACAGUCUUGUUCUUCUUCAGCUGUGAAUUUAAGCGAAGCUUUUGCAGAGUUUACUAAGGAUAUUAUAUGUAGGGUGGCCUUGGGAAGGAAGUAUGGUGAAGGGGAAGGGGAAAGUGGGAGGAAUUUUAAGGAGCUUCUGGGGGAGGUAAUGGAGUUGUUGGGUGUCAUCAACGUGGGGGAUUAUAUUCCAUGGCUUGCAUGGUUGAGCCGUGUCAAUGGCUUAGAUGCUAAAGCAGAAAAGGUAGCUAAACAACUUGAUGAUUUUCUAGAAGGAGUAAUUGAAGAGCACAUAAAUGGUCAAAAGAAAGGGGAUGAUAACCAUAAUUUAGAAAAUGAAGACCAGAAGGACUUUGUCGAUGUAUUACUUUGGGUUCAAAAGGAAAAUGUGAUCGGUUUCCCUGUUGAAAGAGUAAGCAUUAAGGCUAUAAUUCAGGAUGUAUUCACUGCUGGUACUGACACUACGUACUCAGUGUUAGAGUGGGCAAUGACAGAGCUUUUAAGGCAUCCAAAAACGAUGAGGAAGAUGCAAAAUGAAGUGAGAGAGAUCACUAGAAACAAAAAGGACAUAAGAGAGGUUGAUUUGGAUAAAAUGCAUUAUUUAACUGCAGUGAUCAAAGAGACACUUCGCUUGCAUCCUAUUCUUCCACUGUUAACUCCUCGAGAAUCAUGUAGAGAUGCCAAAAUACAAGGUUAUGAUAUUGCAGUGGGAACUCAAGUUUUUAUCAAUGUGUGGGCAAUUGGAAGAGACCCUGGGCUAUGGGACAAUCCAGAGGAAUUUCAUCCAGAAAGGUUCUUGACUUCUUCUAUAGACUUUAAAGGACAUAAUUUCCAAUUCAUUCCAUUUGGAGCUGGUAGGAGGGGUUGCCCAGGAAUAUCCUUUUCCAUAACCACAAUUAAGCUUGUUUUGGCAAAGCUUUUGCACUACUUUGAUUGGACAUUGCCUGAUGGGACAAGAGGAGUGGACUUAGACAUGACUGAAUCUAUUGGUAUGGUGAUUCAUAGAAAAUUUCCUCUUGUUGCAGUUGCAAUUCCAUAUGUUGCCUAGCAUAUAUAGGCAAUACAUUUAGCAUUUGAAUAAUCCUCUAAGUUCAAUUUGGCUGGCAAGAAUGUGUAUGAAUAUGAUUGUUCAGUUUGAAUUUCUUUUUUUCAUGCA